GCUUCCCUGCGCGUUAUCACUCUGCUGUCUUGUGCGCGAGUGGUUAAUCUCAUUUAGACAGAGAACGCCCUCACGCGCGGACGAGAUGCUUCAGCCCAGAGUGGUCUCAUUCUGACAGAAGAUGCCAUUGAGGCAGGACUUGUUUACACCUUCUGUAACAAUCGCAGUUAACACUCAGCAUAUUGGAUCCAUCUCGGACAGGUGCUUUCUUUUGGACACAUUGGACAGGGGGACAGUUUGACAGCUUCACCGGCUCCUCCAAAAGGAUGAAUAAGCGCUGUAGCUGUCCGUACAGCGUUUCCAUGCAACAUCGCAGGCGGCGGUGAAGCCCCGGAAUACGCACGAGGGCUGGGGGUGGGGUGGGGGGUUCUUGAUAGAUGCUGUAGAGAGCGUCGGCACAGUCAAGAUCUGGACUCGGAGCGGCUUUUUUUUUAAAAACCCAAUGGAGCGACAGGAUGACGGAGGCGAUGAGCUGUUCGGGAGCGUAAGUCAUGAUGGCGCAGAGGAGCCGGGAUCUCCUGCUUGUGAACGCUCGGGCAGCCAACAACGGGAGGUGCCCGCCACGAUGAGGAGGAGCGACUACCUGCCAGUCGCUGGCGAGGAGAAGAACCUGGGUGCAGACUUCGUCAACACCGACGCCAGGAGCAACGAGUCCAUACCCAUGAAAAAUAUGUACACGGAUGAGGGCUCCCCUCUGUAUCCACGGCUGGGCCCGUACUUCACUGAUGGCCGACGGCGGGUGGACUACGUGCUGGCGUACCAGAUCCAGAAGCCCAACAGCAUCCGGCGCCAGUCCUCCAAGUUCAGCGACAACAACUUCAUCCGCCGUCUUCGGCGCAGCAUGAGCAUGAGGAGCAGCCGCGCCCCGCUGCAGCCCAAGGAGGAUCCGGAGAUCGCCGCCCAGAAGCAACGGACGGACUACCACGAGGAUGACAAGCGCUUUAGGCGGGAGGAGUUUGAGGAGAACCUCCUGGAGACGGGGCUGGAGCUGGAAAAGGACGAAGGGAGCAAGAUCCCUGGAAUCGGCUUCCUGAAGAUCCAUGCUCCCUGGGACGUUCUGUGUCGAGAGGCUGAGUUCAUGAAGCUCAAGAUGCCGACAAAGAAGGUUUACGAGGUGAAACAAGGCAGCAAUCUGGUGGAGAAGAUCCGACUGUUCAUUCACAAAGUCACAACUCCUCUCCACCCAAAAGUGGAUGCCAACCGGCCACAAAGCGUCAAAUCCCUCUCUCACCCCUUCUCCAGGGAGAAGCAGCAUCUUUUCGAUCUUUCUGACAGGGACACGUUCUUCGACAGCAAGACCAGGAACUCAAUAGUCUACGAGGUACUGAAGAGGACUAGAUGCACCAGAGCCAAAUACUCCAUGGGGAUCACCAGUCUGCUCGCCAACGGCGUCUAUACGUCUGCUUAUCCUCUGCACGAUGGAGACAUCGAGGGAGUGAACGCAGAACCCAACGACAGGAAGCUGCUGUACGAGCAGUGGGCCAGCUACAGCGUCUUCUACAAGUACCAGCCCAUUGGACUCAUCAGGAAGUACUUUGGGGAGAAGGUUGGACUAUAUUUUGCAUGGUUAGGAGUCUACACACAGAUGCUGAUCCCCGCAGCCAUCGUUGGAGUCAUCGUAUUCCUCUAUGGAUGUGCCACUGUCGAUGAUAACAUACCGAGUAUGGAGAUCUGUGAUCCCAGGAACAAUAUCACCAUGUGUCCGCUGUGCGACCACGCCUGCAGCUACUGGAAGCUGGUGACGGCGUGUGGGACGGCGCGAGCCAGCCACCUGUUUGACAACCCGGCCACCGUCUUCUUCUCCAUCUUCAUGGCCCUCUGGGCUGUUCUCUUCAUGGAGCACUGGAAGCGGCGACAGAUGCGACUCAACUAUAUCUGGGACCUGACGGGCUUCGGAGAGGAGGAGGAGGAGGAGCAUAAGGACCACAACCGAGCCGAGUACGAGUUCCGGGUCAUGCAAAAGACAAUGAAACAGGAGCAUUCCACCCCGAAGGACGAGAAGGUGAAGCUGACCUGUACCGACAGAAUGCCAGCUUACCUGACCACCGUGGUCAUGAUGAGCUUCAUGAUCCUUGUGACGUUUGCCAUAGUCUUUGGGGUCAUCCUGUACCGGAUUAGCAUCAAGGCGGCCCUGCACAUGAGCAACUACCCUGUAGCGAGGUCCAACAUCAGAGCCACUGUCAAGACCACUGCCGCCAUCAUCAAUCUCAUCGUCAUCAUCAUCAUGGAUGAAAUCUACGGCGCCAUCGCCCGCUGGCUCAACACACUGGAGGUUCCAAAGACGGACAAGAGCUACGAAGAGCGUCUCAUCUUCAAAACCUUUGUCCUGAAGUUCGUCAACGCAUUCACACCCAUCGUCUAUUUGGCCUUUUUCAGGGGCAGGCUUGUUGGGCGGCCGGGAAACUACCUGUACGUCGUUGGAUCGUACCGAAUGGAAGAGUGUGCCCAUGCCGGCUGCCUCAUGGAGCUGUGCAUCCAGUUGUGCAUCACUAUGCUGGGCAAGCAGCUCAUCCAGAACAACUUGUUUGAGAUCGGCAUACCGAAGCUGAAGAAACUGCUCCGGAGGAGGAAGUCGGAUAUGGAGGAGGAGGUGAACAAAUCUCUGCAGCGCCACGAGAAAGACCACAUCCUGGGUCCUUUCGUUGGCCUCAGUCCUGAGUACAUGGAGAUGAUCAUCCAGUUCGGGAUGGUGACUCUUUUCGUGGCGUCCUUCCCUCUGGCUCCGCUCUUCGCUCUUCUGAAUAACAUCAUCGAGAUUCGCCUUGACGCCAAGAAGUUCGUCAUGGAGCUGCGCCGGCCGAUUGCAGCCAAAGCCAAAGACAUUGGCAUCUGGUACAACCUCCUGAGAGGCCUCAGCAAGGUAGCGGUCAUCGUCAAUGCCUUCGUCAUCUCCUUCACCUCGGACUUCAUCCCACGGCUGGUCUACCAGUACAUGUACAGCCUGGACGGCACCAUGCACGGCUUCGUCAAUCACACUCUGUCUUACUUCAACGUCAGUGACUUCCAGCCGGGCACCGACCCUCUCCAGCCCAUGCACCUGGGCUACAAGGUAGACGUCUGCAGGUAUAAGGACUACAGAGAGCCCCCCUCGUCCAGCGCACCUUAUGAACUGUCGAAGGAGUUCUGGGCCGUCCUGGCCGCCCGCCUUGCCUUUGUUGUUGUCUUUCAGAACGUGGUGAUGCUGAUGAGCGACUUCGUGGACUGGUUGAUCCCGGACAUCCCCAAAGACAUCAGCCUCCAGAUCCACAAGGAGAAGAUCCUCAUGGUGGAGCUCUUCAUGAAGGAGGAGCAGGGCAAAAGGCUUGCGGCGCGCGACAACCACAACCAGGACAACUGCACCUCCCUCCCGUCGGCCAAUCAGAGCCCGGCGCAGCCCCGCUCGCGGCCCGCCACGCACGCCGUGUUCUGGGAGAAAAAGCGCAAAGAGCGAGAGGCCAACGUGGCGCCCGUGUACAACAUGUAACACAAGCUACUCAGCUACCUGGCUGGUAAAAGGUUCAGACAGCUAUCCAUUAGCGAGUGAUCAGUUCUUAAUAAUCGGCAACGCAUUUGCUGUAUUCAUGGUGUGUGGAAAUAUUUGCAGGAAUUAGCUGACAGUUAAAACUGAAACGUUGACGUGUUCACGUUAGAAUCCCUACACAUUAAAAACUGGUUGUUUGCUUCCUUUUACCAUUUACCCUCAUAAAAAUCCAGCAACUAUACCAAGAUGUAUGAUGAUCACCACGCGUUAUUUAUUGGAUGUACUGUUUUUGAGGGGAACAAGCCAUUGGUUUCACCUGACUGGGGAAAAUACUUGUCAAUGCCAUCGUCGUUCGGGAUGUCUAAGGAAAUGGAGCCAAACACCACCUGAAACCUAAUAUUGAAUAGUAUAAUCUUUAUUAUACCUGCCACCUCGGGACACAAAUGCAGCUUUCGUAUUGAAGACAGCCUCCGUCCAAAUGGUCCCGCUGAGAAGAAUUACCUCCUGGUACUGGACCGGUGAGACACGACUCAAGAGGAGGACCUCUCUCCUGCCAUAAAAGCUCAGAAGCCUUCUUUUUUUUUUUUUUUUGCACAAUUAUAUAGAAACGCAAGAAUUUAUUGAUGUACUUUUUUAAAUAUGCGACAUGGUCGCCGGCUUGUUGGGACUAACGGCAGGAAGACCUGCUGUGUCGAGCGGCCUGUUGAUUUGUACUACUCUCUUGUUCACGAGCGCCACUUGGCUCGCUACAUUUGUUACAUUUGUGAGUGUGAACAAACUGCCUAAGAGUGCUCACUGGCAUUAACUCCCAGAAGCACAAGUCACAUUAUUACCCAUUCCAAUGAACUGGAAUUCUUAAAGCUGCAAUUGGCGAGAUUUACAGCACAAACACAAAGCAAUGUCACGUUUCGUCUCCCCUCCUUAAGUGUCUCUUAAAGCUGUAUGUAACGAUUUCUAUUUAUUUAUUUUUUUGCCACAGCAGAACAAGCUGUUGAUCGCCAUAUAAAAUCCCCACUUGCAAACAAUUAUGUACACAUCCAACAAAGAGCAAUAUCAGGAUUCAUGUUUGAACAAGUUCGGCUCAUGGACUUAAAGGUAUUUUUCAACCUGGACCCAUGUUGUUAUGUCUUAGUGACUGAUGAGGACAACCAAAUGGGCUCAGUAUUGAAGGAGAACUCUGCAGAUGCUAAACGGGCUGCAACGUGACCGCUCAGGGCAACUCUUCAACGGCAAUGUACGUUUGCUGAAAGAGCUCGUCUUUGCCACUGACAGGUUCAGAAUGUCUAUAAACAUCACAGAAAGAACCCUACAGAGAAAUAAAACCCUUUCCUUUGGGUUUGUUGUUGUGUCUGAACAAGUCUCUCUCAAGAAAAAGUCUUCUUCUGCCAUCUUGCUUCACGUCCACAUUGUAAAAAUGAGCAAAAACCAUCAAACAUUGAACAUCUUUGAAAUAACACUUAGCUAUGCUUUCUGCAUUCCAACCCAUCAAGCUCUCAGUCGCGUUUCCUCUCAUUAGAUUUCGGAACGAGACGUCUCCCCGAGCAAGACACGAUGUUAACAAACAGACCGGAUGAAUCAAAAGCAAAAGAAAAGGGUGUUUUUUUCACUGUGGGGUUCUUUCCAUAGUGUUGUCAGAUACUUAUAACGAUUUGAGCCUGUCAGUGGAAAGAAUGAGCACUUACGUUCUCACUCAAUACCGGUCCAAUUUCAAAGACUGUUAGUUAGUCACGUAGACACAAAAACUGUCCAAAAAAAAUACAGAAGUUACACUUUGAAAAGGGAUGACAUGUCAGUGUUGUGCUUUCAUCUUGCGUAUGCUGCACCCCAGUGGCCACAAAGAAAUAUCAAUGCAUGUUUAAAUAACCGCGAUUAAACUCUGUAAACAGCGUUUUCUCUUUUUCUUUUUUUUUGCCCCACUUUUCGAAUGAAUGCAUUUUGGAUCAUUUGCAAAGUGGGGAAGUUUGCUGAUGUCAGCUCACAGAGUUCCCUCGGACCGAAUCCCCCGUCGCUCUUGACAUAAUUCUUAUUAUGCUUUUCUUUUUCUUUUAUUUACUACAAAAGCCAUUCGCACCUUUGCAUAUCGUCGAGAUACUCAGCUAUAUUUAUUAGAUUUUCGAAGUUGUGCACUGAAACUAAAAAGAUAAUCUUUAAAGUGUAGCGGCACAAGUACGUGUGCCGUCAAUGAAACUGCAUCUUGGAAAAAAUGGGAAUCGAGGAAUCGUAAAGCUUCUUACUUAAGGGGACACAUUUUCAGCAUUUGAUGACUCAUGAAGCAGUGUCUUGCUCAAUGGCACCACUGUGACAGUCAGAGCACCCUGCCUUAUAUUGUCCUCUCCAGCUCCUUUUGAGUUUUUCCAAUCGUCAUACAAUUCAAACAGCAACUCUUUAACUUUUCAAGCACAAAAGACUGAAUAAUGUUUUGUAUUUAUAUAAAGCUGCAAAAAAACAUACAUACAUUAAUACAUACAUACUGUACAUACACACAUAGAUACAUACAUACAUUAAUACAUACAUGCAAACAUUACAUAAUACAUACAUACAUACAUAAUUAAUACAUACAUACAUACAUACACACACACACACAUACAUACAUACAUACGUGGGAGUGACAGGAUACCACUUUGAGGAAAGUAAAUGUGCUGCGGACUGAACGGUGGAGUCACGAGUGUGGUCGGCACACAUCAAUGUGUCAAAUACUCCCCCUUGCUAAAUAUAUGAAUCAAACCCUCAACCCAGACUGGUAGAAUGUAUUCUUCUUCUUUUUUAAAUUUUAAUUGCAGUGAUGUAUAAUCACUGUGAGGUCAAAAAUGCAUUUAAUGUGUUGAAAGGGUUUUUAUCGGCCCACAAGGAACCAGUAACCUAUUGACGUUCACAAUGUCUUCAGUUUAAUUCAUUAUGUAAUGUUCUAGAAAACAUUGAUAUGGACCUAUCUCGCUAUCUGGAAGGAAGCCAGACCACAAAGACAUUUGUAUUACUUCUUUUCCGGGAUGUGACUCGCUCUUUUGAGGGAAAAGACUGCACAUUUCCCUUUUGACCAAACCUUAUACUUUGUGUGUGUACGUAGGGUUAGCGUUGAUACUCAGUGAUAGAUUGUCAGAGCCUGUGUCGGCCUCAACGUUGUUUUUGUCAUCUGAAUCUCUUUGCAACCGGAUGUCACAUGUGAAGAUGCCCCUCAUGAGAUGUCCUGGUGCCACCUGUUGCCAUGUUGUAUUUACAGCAAGAAAACACUGCAAGUUGUGACUAAUAUCUAUUGUAACAUAUGUCGAAGCACAAUUCAUGUGUGAGUGUAUAUGCAUGUAUAACCAAUUUGUCCGUGUCUGAUAUUUUUAGUCUUUUUUUGUUGUUGUUUUUUUUGGUUUAAACUAACUGCAAAUAAAUGAGAGAACUAC